CGUGCAGGUGUGCGUGAGUCAAGCAUCACCACGCCAAGGUCUCUCCGGCAAUGUGUCAACUUUAUAAUCUACUGAAGGAUUAAUACAACAGGUAAACGACCGUCGGCUUGUUAGCUGACGUCAAGGAUGGAGUGAGGAUCGUAAGGGAGAUUAGGGAUUGGGGGGAGGACCAACCAGGAGCCCAGUCGCCAGCAAGGCAGUAGUCUAGCAAGAGCCAGCGUGGUGAGAGGGUCAGGUGAAACUCAGCGACUGAGGUCCUCUAUGCAGGCCAGUAACAAACAGGAGGUGGAGGAAAUACAACUUAUGGAGACGCUACAGGCCGAUGCAUUCCAGAUUGCGAAGUAAGUAAUAAAAGAAAAGGAAAAAGCACCUCCACGUCAGCCCCUCAAAGUUCCCAGGGAAAACAGGAGGGAAUGCUGGAACGCAGGCAACAGAGAAAUAAUGAAGGGCGUGUGCCGCGUGCUGCUGCCAUGGCUGGUGCUGCUCCUGGCGCUGCCCUACCUCAAUCCUAAUGCCCAAGACCAAGACGGCGGAUGGAGUGACUGGUCAGUGCUGAGUUCCGAAUGUACUGAAAAGUGCGGCACGGGACGGCUGUUGAAGGUCAGGUCCUGCACCAAGCCGGUACCGCAGGGGAAUGGGAGGCCGUGCACCAUGGAAAACAAUACUCUAGGGGAUGUGGAGUUCAAAUUCCUCAGCUGCAACACUUUCAGUUGCUGGGAUAACCAGUGGAGUGAGUGGAGCAACUGUUCCAACUACUGCGGCGAGGGCAAGCAGAUGCGGUAUUCUGUGUGUAACGGGACUCAAGCGUGCGAGAAUGACCAGUACCGCGAGGAGACAAUGUACUGCAACACCUGGAACAAGACCAUAUGUCCCAGCCCGUGCGAAAACAUGACGUGUCCGGAAUACGGCAUAUGUCGGGACGAAUCGACGGAGCAGAAGCCGAAGGCGUCGUGUGUGUGCACCAUGGGCUUCAUCAUGAACGACGCCAAGGACAAGUGCAUCCGUCCACCGCCGCCCUCCCCGACGCCUCGCCCCAUCCCCACGCUGCCAGCGGAGCAGAAGGUGGUGGCGACGGUGAUCUCCAAGACAGCCUCCACCAUCCUCAUCAUCUGCGUCACCAUCUGCCUCAUCAUCUUCCUCGUGUUGCGCAUAUUCACGCCAGACCGAGUAAUUCAGAUGAACAUGGAGAUAGCGCUCGUUUUGGCCCACGCUAUGCUCAUGUUCCCGCCGUCCUUCACUGAAACCCCGGAUAUGUGCCGAGUGAUCUCCAUCUUCAUCCACUUCUUCUUCACGGCGUGUUUCAUGUUCAUGUUCCUGGAGGCGCUGCACAUGUACGGCUACGUGGCUUACGUGGUGAAGCAGGACGGCAUGUGUUCCAGGGUGCAGAACACGCUGGUGGGCUGGGGCUUGGCUACGAUCAUCCUGCUCUUCUCCAUUUGUUUUGAGUAUGAAAACUACGGCGGCGAGUACCACUGCUGGCUUCAGAUCGACACCCCGCUCUUCUAUGCCCAGCUCAUCCCCAUUGUGGCGCUGGUGGUGCUUACCUUCACUCUUAUCGAGGCUGCAGGGUCGGCUGACUACAAGCCUCUCAAAGGUGUCGACAAGAGCCAGAGGACGAGCGCCAAGUUCUCGCAACGCACUAACCUGGUGGUGAUGCCCCUGGUGUUCUGCCACAUGCUGGUGGGGAUGUUCUCAGAGUACGAGCAGAACCUCCCGCUGUACGGUAUCUUCACCAUCCUGAACAGUGUGACGGGCGUGGCGGUGCUCUUCCUCCACUGCUUCAAUAAUCAGAAGGUGCGUCAGAAAAUGGUCGGGAUGUACAAGUCAAUGUGCAAGGGCGGCGGGGCACGCUAGCACACCAGCACACCAACACAGCAACACACCAACACACCACCAAGUCCUGCCCUGCCGCCUCUCCACUUCCGACAGACCGAGGUUCACCAGGGAAAGGUGUUGUUUGCGUUGCUUUAUGUGGUUCGUAGAAAUGUGAGUACAUAAGCUACUACAAACUCAUCGCAAUGACUGUAGAGGACUAACAAACACAUUAUCACACACCGACGUACCGCCGUCGUACCCUGUUGUUGACCAGCACACAACAGCCAUUAUGACGGGAAGUUUUGUUAAUUGUAAUGGUUAUGUUUAUCUACAGUGUUGAUACAUAUGUAUUUUCAUCGUUAAUUACUGAAUCACUGAAUGUUCGUAAGUCAUGUUUCCUCUAGAUAUUAAGUAAACCAAUUUCCUCAGUGAAUUAAGUUAAUGUUUACUCAUUACAUUGUGUUAAUUCA